AUGUAUUCAAUGAAGAGAAAUCCAAAUAAUAUUUCCACCUUUAAAUUGGAUUUUGAUCCCUCGGAUGGAUACCAUGAUCUGACUGACUAUACCGACAGUGACGAUUGUAGUAGUGAAGGCUCAAUUAACAUCUCAAUCAGAGCACCAGAUCCGAGUAGAUGCGACACCGGCAAGCAGUCUUUGAAGGCGAAUCGAUCCAGAUCAAGAUGGUCAACAAGUGCAUGUUCUAGGGGCAGACAGCUGUAUGGAAACUCCUCUUGUAGAACUACUUCAGGUUAUGUUCGAGACAUACGAACACCGGAAGUGCCAAACCAAAGAGUGGUUUAUAUGCAUAGAGGCGGAAUUGUUUCUGUUGAACCUGCCCCAUCUAACUAUCGUCCACAUUCUACUGCAAAGCGAGAAUCUAUUUCGACACCGUAUAAUCAGCAAACUCGUUCUGAUCUCUUGUCAGCUAUUCACAAAGCAUGGAAUAGGUGUUCCAAUGUUCGAGAUUCCAUGAAGCGUUCAAGAACCUUUCAUGCUGGAAACACUCAAAAGCCGGUAACCAUUGGUGAUGAAUUGGCCAGAAGACCAAAAACUUACACCAGUAGAAAAGGAUCCAAGAGCGCAAGAUGUCGAUUAGUGGCUUUUGAAAACCAAAUGUUUCGGCCUGAAAGUUACAAAGAUUUUGAGAGUUUGGCAAAAUCCACUGAUUUGGUUGCUAAGAGGUUAAAGAUAAUGGUAGCAGAGCGUAGAAUAAGAUCAGCCAUGACACCAGACGAGAUACGAGCUAGACGCAGGCGUCGUUUUAGGUAUCAGAGAGAUGACGAGGAAGAAAAACCAGUAGACACUGAGAAACCUUCUAGGAUGUUCCGAAAGUUUCGGAUGAUAGCUAUCCUGGCAGUGACCAUGGUGAGGCUGUUAUGGGUUAUUAUAGGUAUCAGUGAAACUAAAUCUAUCAGGACGGCGACUGAAAUGCAAUGGCAGACGUUAUAUUCGACCAGAAAAUCAGAUAGAAAACUUUCUUUUGACAAAACCCUUUAUACUAGAGAAAGGGCAACUACCUCAAUGCCCAAAUGGGCAAUCCGCAUUUUAGAGACACCACCACAUCUACGAACAGAGCAAGAUUGUAGGAAGAUACACAACUUGAUGAGAGGGAUGCAGAGUUUUGACAAAUUCACUGAAAAUAUCCAAUUUUCACUGUGUAGAGCAUUUACUUAUCAGUGUGUGACAGAGGGAAGAGUUAUUUUAAGGAAAGGUCAUGUGGGUUAUAAUUUCUAUUUUGUGUUCUCUGGAUCCGCGUUCGUCAACGUAGAAGAUGUAAAUAGUAGCGGAGAGAAAUUUGUUAAAACUGAAGCUGUUGUGAAAAAGGGGGAUUCGUUUGGUGAAUUAGCGUUACUACAGAAUGUAACAAGAACUGCUACCGUGGCUGUACGAGAAACAAUAGAAUUACUGGUGGUACAUCAAGAUGUGUUCGCUAACGUUUGUCCACAAAUAUUCGAACAAGAAUUGUGUGAAAAGGAAGAAUUUUUGAGGCGCCUUCCCAUAUUUACUGAAAAAUGGUGGCCAAAAGAAGCUCUGAGAAAUUUAUGUUUAGAAUCACAGAUCCAAGAGUUCUCCAUCAACAAGUUAAUUGUACGAGAUAGCCGAAAAGACAACUGGAUUUAUAUUGGAAUGGAGGGUAAGGCUCAAAUAAUCCGAUGUUUAACUCUAGAAGAUGAUGGUUUAAAAGAUAAAGCUAGGGCGGCCAAAAGAAGACAGUCGCAAUUCAUAUCUGAGGAUUUGGUAGAACUGUUCAGAAAAUUAACACCGACUUUGAAGAAAAAGGGUUCUAAGACAAGUGAAGUAGGAGUUUCUAGAGAACAAGAUAAAGAUGAAAAAGAGAAACUUUUAGAAUCAUUGGGUUUAGAAUAUGUUGAAACAGGAAAGAGAAAAGAGACAUUUAUAGAGGAGUUACAGGAAAAUGAACGUAAGAAAGAAUUGGAAUACAUCCUCGGUCCAAAAACCUUGUCAUCGUUAAUGGCUUUAGAACAGGAAAAAGGCAAAACAAAUGUGGUUUAUUUAAAUAUAGGAACUCUUCGACCAAAUGAUAUUUUUGAUUUUCAUUCUAUAAUCAACGAAGAAAGUCAAGCUAACAGUUAUCAUCUAUUGGUUAGUUAUGGGGCGAGGAUAUUAAAAAUCAAGAAAAGUGAUUUGUUUCGUUAUGCUACACCCGAGACCAUAGAGCAUGUCCGAAACAUCACAGCUAGCAACAAUUACCCAACAGACGCAGUACUACUUGAAUCGUACAGACAGAAAUCACAGUGGGAUGAAUACAAAACCAACAUAACCUCUACACAACUUCAAUCUCAUUUACAUAACCAUCAUAAGUUCCCACAAGGUCAUCUGAAAAAAUCAGCAGCAAAACAAACUGAUUAUCAUCAGCAAAAUAAACUUAUUUCAACUUUAAAGAAGAAUCAAAAGAAAGCUAUACAAGAAGAAGAAGAAUCCAAAAAGCAAGAAAGUUGUAUGUCGAGACGCCAGUCAGCAGCAUUAAUAGAUCUACAAAUAAACGUCCAGACUAUGAAACUCCCUGAAAACAACGUUCGCUUUGAUGAACCUAUAAUAGUACGCCGUAACAGUAUGCAGGUUUCAACAGAACGAGCAGACACACUAGAUGCUAAUAUUCCUUUAGCUAAAAUGGUUCCACGUAAAGCUGUAAAGUUUUCAACAGAAACAGAAGGGGCACAGGUUUCUGAAUCGGAAAUUAAAACACAGAAAUCAGUAACCAUAGUUAGUUGA